UUCUGUCCUGUCUGUUUCUAUAUUAGUAGUGGGUAAUAUAGAUAGAGAGAGAGAAAAGAAGAGAAAGAGAGAGAAGGGGGCUGCUUUUUCGAUUUGGUUAACGUCGGAAAGUUGUGUAAGAAAGAGAUGGUUCUUUCUUUGGUUCUUCCCUGUUUCCCAUUUUUUUUUUCCUCUCUCAUUACUGGAACUUCCUUGGAACAACCAAUGAGAAAUUAAAGAAAGAGAUAAAAACAAGAGAGAGAAGUGUUUUCAUAUCAGUAAAGUAGAGAGAGAUAGAGAGACUAGUAGAACCCAAAGGGACAAAGAGAUAUAUUACACUUCUAGAGAGAGAAACGAAGUGUAUGAAUGAAUUUAUGAAUGAUUUAAAAAUAAAAAAACAAAAAGGGUUUUGAGAGGGGAAAAAGUUGAGGGAUAGAGAGAGGUUUUAGAGAGAAAAAGAGGAAAAAGAUGAGAGAGAGGGGCAUAUAGCUUCCUCAAACUGGGCUUUGUCCAUGCUUCCCCACCCCACCCCACCUUCUCCUCCUCCCUCCUACUUCCUUUUCACAACAUAUAAACAAGAAACACAUAUAGCUCUCUUUUCUUGGUCUUAGGUUUUAGCAUAUGUUGUUGUUUCAAACACUAAACAAAAAAAGUGUUCCCAUUUAAUCAAUUAUUAUAUUCCCCACUAUAUCUAUUUAGAGAGAGAAACUAGACCAAGAAAUAGGAAUUUUUUCUUUCCAUAAAAUUUUCUCGACAGAGAAAUGUGGGAUCUGAACGACUCGCCUGAUCAGAGAAUCAGAGACGAUGUAUCCGAAGGCUGUUCUUCUCCCGGAGACGACGAAAAGGGAAAACGGGUCGGAUCCGUAUCCAAUUCAAGUUCCUCCGCUGUGGUAAUCGAAGAAGCCUCCGACGAUGACGACGGCGGUGACAGAGGCGGUCGGAAGCGGAGCUGCAGCAAGAUAUUCGGGUUCUCGGUAUCGGAGAGCGACCUGCCGGUGACCCGUCAGUUCUUCCCGGUGGAGGAUUUCGAAAUGGGGACCACCUCCGGCGGCGGCGGAGGAGGGUCGAAUUUUCCGAGGGCUCACUGGGUCGGAGUUAAAUUUUGUCCACUCAUCGGCGGCGGCGCUGGCGGCGGCGGAAUCGGAAAAUCGGUGGAGCUUUCGCAGCCUCUGAAGAAGAGCCGCCGUGGGCCGAGGUCGAGAAGCUCACAGUACAGAGGCGUCACGUUUUACCGGCGGACCGGGCGGUGGGAGUCUCAUAUAUGGGACUGUGGAAAACAAGUCUAUCUGGGUGGAUUCGACACUGCACACGCCGCAGCACGUGCAUAUGAUAGGGCAGCCAUCAAGUUCCGCGGAGUCGAGGCAGAUAUAAAUUUCAGCCUUGAAGAUUAUGGAGAUGACUUAAAACAGAUGAGUAAUUUAACAAAGGAGGAAUUUGUGCAUGUACUGAGGAGACAAAGUACUGGGUUCCCUAGAGGAAGCUCCAAAUAUAGAGGUGUUACCUUGCACAAAUGUGGAAGAUGGGAGGCAAGAAUGGGCCAGUUUUUGGGCAAAAAGUAUGUCUAUUUGGGGCUUUUUGAUACUGAAAUUGAAGCCGCAAGGGCUUAUGAUAAAGCUGCGAUCAAGUGCAAUGGCAAAGAGGCGGUGACCAACUUUGAUCCAAGCAUCUAUGAUGACGAGCUUAAUUCUGCCGAGUGUUCGGGCAAUGCCCCAGACCACAAUUUGGAUUUGAGCUUGGGCAGCAGAACUUCAGCCUCAAAACAAGGCAGCCAGGAAUUGGGAGGUGAUGUCCAAAACGUUGCAGCGGAUCAGCAUCAUGCUGCCAUGGCGUUCGAGGUUGAUUGGCACAAUCGGGGAUUUAUGCCAAAGAUAAAUAUGCAUCAAGAACCAUAUCGACAUGGUAGUGGUGGGUACAAUGAGACUGAAACCAUGCAGCUUCUGAACCAAACUCACAUUCAAUUGCCGAGCUCACUGCAGAAGGCUAAUGACAUGCACAAAUAUGGGCAAUUCGCCAAAGGGUCUGGACCCCCAAUGCAGCACCACAUGUUUCCACCACAACUCAGCUCAUCAAACUACCAAAUUCAGUAUCCAAGCAGCAGCAACGGAGGCGGACGGACGGGAGGAGACCUUUCUCUAUCCUCAGGCGAUCAGCAAUGGCAGCUCAAUCCUCCACAAUUGUUUGCAACUGCUGCAGCAUCAUCAGGAUUCCCACAGCAGUUCUCAAGACCCCAAAAUUGGCUCCAUAAGAUUGGGUUCCACUCUCUCAUGAGACCCUCUUAACCCCUUUUUUUCUUCUGAUUCUUAUAGUAUUAUUUUGAUAUAUUCAACAAGCAUUAUUAUAGAUGAUGUGUCCUAAUUGUAAUCAUGUAAAGAUCUCAAUGCGUUGAGCUUUGUUUCCCUCCCAAAAUCAUACCAAAAA